GCUGCUAUUUGAUUUAUUAUUGAUUCAGUUUAAUUUGUAGUUUUAUUUCUUGAAUGGCUGCAUAAAUUGAGAUGGCUGUAUAGGCAUGACCUGAGCAAUAAACCCCUCAAACUCUAGUUACCCUCUAAAUGCUUUACUUAAGUACCUAUGUUAUGGGUUAAAGAAGGUUUAAGAUCCAUGGCUUGAAUUUACUUAAUUUCCGUGUUUUUAUGACUCUGUUUUAUCUGUUGUAAAAUGCAGUUUGAUUAAUCAAGUAUUACUGAUAUUCUGUGACUCAUGCUUGCUUGUGAGCUGUCAUAAAGUGCCUCUUAACUUUAUCAAAUUCUUUUUUUUCUUCCCCCCUCUAGUCUGUAAAUGGAGUCUAAGAAUGUCUUUUCCUUUGAAUGUCUUUUCCUUUGCCUUUUCUGCUUUUGUAGGUAGAUGGAAAAUUCCACCAAACUCUAGAACUGUUACAUGCUUCACACAGGUGCAAAUACUUCUAUGAGCUACAAGAUAGGAGGAAUACAGGACUCUGAAGUUAUCAAGAACAAAGUCUAUAGGAAGAAUAUGGCAGUAGUAUUACUGAAUAAACUAGUCUCCCACAGUCAAAUCACUCGCCUGUAUAGUCGCUUCACCAGCCUAGACAAAGGAGAAAAUGGCACCCUUAGCCGUGAAGACUUCCAGCGGAUUCCAGAGCUUGCCAUCAAUCCUCUGGGAGACCGAAUUAUCAAUGCCUUUUUUUCAGAAGGAGAGGACCAAGUGAAUUUCCGUGGAUUCAUGAAGACACUAGCCCACUUCCGGCCCAUAGAAGAUAACGAAAAGAGCAAAGACCAGAAUGGAUCGGAACCCCUGAAUAGCCGAAAUAGCAAGCUCCACUUUGCUUUUCGGUUAUAUGAUCUAGAUAAAGAUGGCAAGAUUUCCAGGGAUGAGCUGCUUCAGGUGUUACGGAUGAUGGUUGGUGUCAACAUCUCAGAUGAGCAGCUUGGCAGCAUUGCUGACAGGACAAUCCAGGAAGCUGAUACAGAUGCGGAUGGUGCCAUCUCCUUUGAAGAGUUUGUAAAGGUUUUGGAGAAGGUGGAUGUAGAGCAGAAAAUGAGUAUUCGAUUUCUUCACUGAUGGAUGGAGAACCCAUUCCUUUCUACCGUUACUAUACAAUGAAUAGAACUUCGUUAUUUCCUUAUCACCUUUCCCCAGAGCGUUGUUACUGGUGCAUAUAAAAUACAUCUCCAACCCUUCACUGGUUUGUUCUACCAAUGUGAACAUUCCCUGUGCAUCAGGAACUAAGAGAAAUAGCUGCCAUGCAACUUGGGAAGGAGUGUUAAAAAAAAUCCUUCUGUUUUUUAAUUUUUAAUUCUUGUCGUCUUUUGCAUUGCGAGUAAAUGUUUCUCCUUCCUAUGUACUGCAGUUUAAUCUACAAACUGAUUCUUCUGAGCUCUGAAUCUGAGAAUGGAAAAAAGAAAAUGCCACAGAACUGCCUUCUGAAACGCUUUUUGGAGACAAGCAUCUGCUCAAAUACUAGAUGUGGUGAUAAUUCUUCACCUUGGUUUCCAGUAGCAGCUUUACAUCACAGCCAUCUCUUUCUUCCUUAGUUGGCUCUUUAUGUGGAAGUUUUGUUCCCUGCUUUCAAAGCUUGACUUCUACAAAAAGAUGUUGUUCUUAUGGCGUCACUGUAAAACUAACACAGAAUGCAUGGUAACAGUCCAGAGGUGUGGUGUGGAGGCUUUCUUCUUUUUGGGAUUGGCUCUCACAGUAGGAGAAUAGGCACAGUAGGAGAAUGCGUGGUGGUGAUGGACACAGUGGUGUCUUCAAAGGAAAUAGGAACUCCGCACUAAGUCACUUAAAUUGUUUCUGCAUUUGCUGCAGGAAUGUUUCUUUCCUAUGAGCCAGUGGACCAUGAAGUACCUUUUCCAGGUUGCUUUACUCUAAGAUCCCUCUUCCCAUUUGAGUGGCUUUGCCUCUGAAGGUGUAAACUUGUUUACCAGCAUACAGAAUGCAAGAGAACUAUUCAUGCCAAAAGCUGGGAUUUGUCUUUCUGUCACUGCCCCAGUAAGUGUCAUGAAACAUUACUGAGUUUUUUUUUUCUUAAUUCUAGUGAUUAUUUGCACUUUCCUAUAUGGAUGUUCUGGUCUUUUAGAUUUGUGUUGAUUGUGCUAGAUGUAUUUAUGGAAGGUCGGGCAUGCAAAUAUCUCUUGGGAAGUACAUAUUAAAAGUUUGAGUACUAGUGAUAUUUCAGGAUAUAUUUCUAGAUAAAUCUCUCUGCAAGUACAAGAUAAUUAUCCUUCCAUUUAUCUUUCAUUUAAUGCAGUUAAUAGAUUUGCUCCUGAUCAAAACAGGAUGUCAGAAGUACCGAAGGUUCAACAGCAGCGCACUUUUCUGUGGUUAGAUGGUAAAUGUUCUCACAUAGUUCAGCUGGAGCAGCCUGUGGUCUGGGAGGACCUUCUAUAAAACCAAAAAGCCCUAAGAGCUUCUAUAGUGAAGAAUCAGUUGUUACAACUGCUUCUUUGUUGUUUGUUAAUAUUUCUAUGAAUACUGCCAGUCUCCAAGUACCCUCAGAUGUUCGUUCUGUUUUCUUUUGUUCCUUGAAUCAUUUACUUGUAUAAAACAACACGCAGGUCUCUGAAGGGUUUCUGGUUUGUUUUAAGGAAUUGCACAGCAAAAUGCUGUCCUUUGUUUUGCAGAGUGCAGCACAAGUCCUGAAACAAAAACCUCUGUAUGGGGAGGAAGUUUUGACUGUCAUGUUAAACAGGGUUGUAAUAACGCUAAAGUGUUUUUUGAAGUUGCAGGUGUUGCGAUCUGCUUUAAAUUAAGUUUUGCUCUCAUUUUCUGGCUGUAUAGUUGUAACCUACAGUUGUGCCUUAUUGUCCCAGUGAGACUGGAUAUUGUAUUUGUCAAUCCAUAAAUAAACCUUCCACUGUGUUAAAA